GAAAGCGCAGUAGUGCCAUUGGAGUGAGUCAUCGCGCAAAAAGGUGGACGCGCAGAGCGAGCAGGAGGGCAGAAAGAGGAAAAAAGAGAACAAGGGACGCGCAUCUGAAAAGGUGAAGGCAGCGCGGUCGCUCCUGUGAGUCAUAUCGACAAAAAAGGACAAAAACAGGGACGAAACCUGCGCCGGGUUUCAUUUACAGAAAGUAGGUGCACAAGAGACAUUUUAGUCCAUUGUAGAGAGAAAAAAAAAGAUUUUCGUAGAAGUUUUUAUUAGUCACUCUAGCCUUGAUUUACAGCGGGGGAGACACCUUUACUUUUUACAUUUUUUAACCAGAACCUGUUUACUGGACUAAACGAGCGCUUGCAAGACGGCAGUUCUCUGAUUUAUAACAGUAUAACUAACAGCCGGAUUUGUAGACCUGUUUGACCAUUUUAUAGCCUGAUUGUUGGGAUAUUAGUCUGCUUUUAAUUCGCACUAGUCUUCUUAGCUCACGCUAAGGGACCUCGGCUGUGGGUUUUUGUUUUUGUUUUUUUUGUUUUUUGCUUGGAAGUGCAAGAAGACACUCUAAACGUGUGGGAGAUCUCUACCAACCUCUGAAAUUUGCCUAUUUUUUUAUUUUAUUUUGCUGGAUCAUGUACCAGGAGUACUCCGGGAGCAGCAGCAGCGCCUCCCCGGGCCAGCAGGACUCCUUCACAAGCGGGAGCCCCCUCUCAGCCUCCAGCUACCAGAAGUACAGAGUCGACAUGCCUGGCUCUAGUAGUGCCUUUAUUCCCACCAUUAACGCCAUAACCACCAGCCAGGACCUGCAGUGGAUGGUCCAGCCCACAGUCAUCACCUCCAUGUCCAACCCGUACUCACGCUCACAUCCAUACGGCCUGCCUGUGUCCAGCGGCCCUGGACUCCUUGGCCACACCGCCCUUGCACGACCUGGGGUUAUCCGCUCCAUAGGUGACACUCGCGGACGACGCAAGAGAGAUGAGCAGCUGACGCCAGAGGAAGAAGAAAAAAGGAGAGUGAGACGAGAGAGGAACAAGCUGGCCGCAGCUAAGUGCCGAAAUCGGAGGAGAGAGCUGACUGAGAUGCUGCAAGGGGAGACUGAAAAGUUGGAGGAGGAGAAAGCUGACCUACAGAAAGAGAUCGAGACACUGCAGAAGGAGAAGGACAAGCUGGAGUUCAUGCUGGUGGCCCACAACCCGGUCUGCAAGCUGCCUCUAGAUGAGCGGCACCAGGGGUCACUUCCCCAGCAGUGCACCCCUCUCCCCUUGACCAUGCGUCCCGGCCUGGGUUCGCGGGGCCCGCUUAACAGCCUGAGCCCGGUGGUGGUGAAGCAAGAGCCCAUGGAGGAUGAUUACGAGGAAGAUGAGGGCAAGAGCCAGCACUCAGUCAUCAAGCCCAUCUGCCUGGGCGGGGGCGCUUACUGCUCUGAUGGUGACAGCCUAAACACUCCCGUGGUGGCUGCAUCCACUCCGGUGUCCACCCCCAGCAACCCCAGCCUCAUCUUCACUUACCCCAGCAUGCUGGAACCUGAGAGCCCCUCGCCAUCCUCAGAGUCAUGCUCCAAAGCCCACCGGCGCAGCAGCAGCAGUGGAGACCAGUCGUCAGACUCGCUCAACUCGCCCACCCUGCUGGCUCUCUGAGUCGCAGCCCAGCCGCACUCUUUCAUCCCCAGCUGGGAACUGUCCCAGGACCUCAUCUCUACAAAGCCGAGAACCCUCAAGGGCUAGUUUGCUCGUUUUAUUUAAAAUGUCUCAGAAGGGAUUUUUUUCCGUUUGUUUUGUUUAUGUGUUUGUGAGAAUCAAACAUUUUCACCCACGACGACAAAGAACAAGGCUGGACUGGAACUGAGACCAGAAUUGAGACUAAGCACAAGAACGAAAGAGAAGACCUUCGGUUUUGCUCUGAUUGCACUUGCCGUAUUCGGUCACGAGCAGUUAAUAACACCAUUUGAAAAAGUGUUUUUCCCAUGGUUUGGGAAAAGACAGGGACAGCAAAAAGGGAUUGGGGAAGGCCCUAUUCGGUACAGUCUGGGAUCGGACACUACAGAGUUAGGUGGACGUCCUCAACAAACCAGCUUGACAUUUACAUUGACUGCCCUUUGUAUUUAUGACCUGUGUGAAUAUAUUGUCCGGUUGUAUAUUGUGUCCUGCUGUUUAAAAGAAUCAUGUCAAGGGUUCACUGGAUGAGCCUCAGUGUCACAAAGAGAAAGAAACAAACGUGUAUUAUUAAAGGCUGACCUCUUCGACUUUAUCAAUACCUGGCACAGGAACCAUGGUAAUGUUGCAAACUUUUACAUUAUUUUUGCUAUGUAUAUUAAAAAGAAAAAAAGAAACACUUCACUGAAUUUAUUGUCAGGGAUUUUUGUCUGUGUGAGUGAGCCACACAAGCAUUACUAAAAGCAAUUGCACACAGCGUACAAAACAUGUCAGAACACAGGGGUAUGUACCUGAGGACAAACUCUAGCCAUAUUAGGUUCAGCCUCCAACCCUUUACAAAGCAAUACUGCUUUCUAUUGGGCAGACACUGUGGUAUUAAAGAGGAAAUUGUGAUGAUGACUAUGUAUUACUUUUCUAGCGUAUUUUUACGGCUCGAUCGAUAGAUGCCGUUUUUUGCAGACUUGUAGAGUUUAAAACCAAACGGGCACCCUCAAACACUGGGCGAGCCUCGAGCGCCAGACAUGAAACCAGAUGCACUUUGUUACUGAUCACAUAAAAGAAAAAAAACUGCAUUCCUUUUAUAGUCGAACGUAGAACGAACAAGCCGAAUGCCUGCCAGGAAUCACGGACAUGAUGCUGAGACACUUCUAAUUUCUUGCUAGUGCGAAGAACUGAUAUCAGUUGCAAUAUUUCUGAACUGUUUACUUCAAACAUUCCUUUGGGAAGCGGACGGGAUAGUGCGCUGUCGGAGAACGCUGUCAUCUUUGCCAGACCAAAGCGGAAUAAUGCCUGGCGUGGAUUUGAAGGAAUCUUCUUUGUUGCUUAUUUAUGUUGGGGAUUUUUCAAGGCCACCAAGGAUCUGGAAGAGAAUUAAGAUCUUUCUUAAUGAAAGAGAGAGAAUAGAGGAAUUUAGUGGAGAAAAUCAGUUUAAUACCAAAAAAAAAACAAAACAAAAAAAAAAACAAAGUGCGUGACGACUGUGAGUUACACCAGUCUGUCUGUCAGUCUUUGGACCCUUGUAGAUCUUUAAGCAAGCCAUCUCUGAACCCCUCUGUACAUGUCCUGCUUUCCAAUAUUUUCUCCUUUUUUAUUUUUAAUUGCUUUAUCUGAAAAGAACAACAAAAACAGCAAUAUGUAUGUCAGUGUUUGUUCCUUUGGUUAUUUAAAUGGAUUAUAAUAAUAAUAAUAAUAAACAAAACAAAAAAAACAUGCAAAUGGUAUUCUUGAUAGUUGUACUUUGCUUGUCCACACAGUUUGAUUAUGUUGGUGGGUAUCUCAUGAUUGUUAGACUUUGCUACUUCUCUGUUUUUUUUUUUUUUUCUUAAGUCGGUCUAUAUUUGGUUGAAUGCACCUCUCUCAUCCUUCGGGAGGCCAUUCGCUACUCGUUUUCCACAGGCAAUAACACUCCACCACCCUCCAUAGUGCCUCUAUUCAGUCAGUGACAAAGUUGUAUGCAAACCUGCACUACUUAUAAGACAAAUUGGCAAUAGCUAGCGUGUCAUUGGUACCUUAAUUUUGUCCCAAGAGCAUUUUACAUCACAAAAAUCACCAUUUCAAAUCAAUGCUUUACUAACAGCCAUAAAUAAUACAGGGCUUCAUACAUAAUCUGUGAUCCUGCGUAUUGGAACUAUUGCUAAGAUACAGCUGGUCCCUUCUGGGGCUCAAGUCACGUGAGCCUUUGAAGACACAUGGCAUCAUGGAGAUCUUAUAACGUUCGUGUAAAAUUGAGAAUUUCCAUUUGGAAUGAUAUGCAGACCUACGUGAAGCACGUGGUCCUAAACCUCCGACUCGAAAAGCGUCCUGGUGGGCAAGGUGCAUUCGGUACCUGAUAUUAUGUCACGUUUAUGAACAUGAGUGGAUGGCUCAGUAUUUCAGUUGGUCAAAUGAUGUAAUAAAUCCUGAUUCUUUACUAAGUUGACAUCUUGGUGUUAGGAGUGAAAUCUAUUUCAAAAUCAUUCAAGAGCUUUUACAGUUGUGUUUGGAGCUGUAUGUGUCUGUUGUGAAAAUGUCUUACUUUCAAAUAAAUAAGUAAAUGAAUAAACAAACAA